GUCCAGCGCGUCUGCCCCGCCUUCUCUUCUCAGCCCCACUGCGGCGGUGGGUGGGGAGGGGAUUUGAGCCCGGACGGUGGGACCCGGAGGGGCCCGGACCCCGCCUGCACUGUCAGCCUGCUGCUUCCGGGCGACAGCCCCUUGCAGACGCCCUGGACUACGCCGCGCCCUUGCCUGCUCCUGGAAGCUCCGUGGAGCCCUGCGGUUGACUUAGCGCGUUCGCCCCCCUGCUCUUCUCUGAAGCGCGCAGGCCCGUCAGUGUGCCGGGACUUACGCUUGGGGCAGGGGAUUUUGAGCAGGUAGGACAGGAGGGCGACGGACGGCCCCCUGCUUUCACAGAGCCUGUGUUGAGACAGGCAGGAAACUAGCAAACAGGUAGGUGAGAGCGUAGUGAGAGGUGCUGUGGGGAAACAGCCUGGUGAGUUCUCUCUAGAUGACGUUUGAGCUGAGCCCUGAAGGACAGGAGAGCCAGGCCUGGGAAAAACGUGGUGAGGAGCGUUCAUGACGUAGGGAGCAGCUAGGGCAAAGACGUGAAGGGACAAAGGGCGUGGUGCGUCAGAGAGCACAAAGGUUCGGGGAGUGAGGAAUUACAGGAGAUGGGGCCGGAGAGGAGGACCGGGACCAGAUAGUGUAGGUCCAGGGCUUACUCUAAGCAGGGAGUGACGUGAUCUAACGAUCACCCUAGUGGCUAGCAGAGAGUGGACUGCAGAGGGGGCAAGAGUAGUAGUAUUUGUGGUUCUUAUGGUAGCUCUGUAUUUGCUAUUUAUGUCUCAUUCAGUGGUUUAGCAAAUGUAUGUUGCAUGCUUUCUGUAUGCCAGGCACUGUGUUAGGCUCUGGCCGUGUGAUAGUGAGCAAGACAGACAUAGCCCUGGUCCAUAGUGUAUCUUAACAGUUUAAUGAGGCAGAUAGACAUUAACCAAAUGGUCACAGAAGUGUGUAUUACAACUCACAAUAAUUACAAAGGGUACUGUGAGAAGUUCAGGGAAGAAAACCCUGAGGGAAUGAUGUUUGAGCUGAGAGCUGAAGGAGGAGAGAGGGUUAACCGUUCCAUGGAGGAGUAGAAAAGCCCCCUCCCCACCAGAUGUAGACACACUGGGAGCUCCUGGAAGAUGGUGUGUGUCUUAUGAUUUGUCUUUGUUUCCCCAGUGCCUAGCACAGUGCUGUGCGCUAAGAAGGCGAGCAUGUCUUUUCAGUUUAAAAUUUAAUUUAGCCAGGGCUCUUUCAGGGGAUGUCAUCCUCAGUAGCUUUACCCCUGCCCUUGAAAUCUUGAUUGCAAGAAAAGGCCCCUUCAUAGAUGAUCAGGCCAUGAUUUAUCCACACUGAGUAGAAAAAGUCUUCUCCCAUCUCCGUUCCUAUAUUCAUGAAGCUGUGUCCUGUCUCAGACCUUCUCUUCAGAACUGGGUGCUUACAUGACAAGUCAUUUGUUUACAUCUCAUAGGAUGUAAACGAGGUUCCACAGCACUUUACAGAGGUAAUAAGCGGAUUUUCUCUCCAAAACCUUCGAUAUGGUUAACAAUAGAAAUACAUUUGAGAGUUUGAUAGAGUUUUGUGACAUAUGAUCUGAAUGUGAAAUAUAUUUUACCUUCUUUUGUAGAAAUCUCAGUGCUUGUGGCGGUUUUGAGGUUUGUGAUGACAUGGUGACUAAGGAUGUCAUGACGCCCCUAGUGGCACUGCUAAAAGAGUGCUGGAUUGAAUUCAAAUGAGAUGUCUCCACAUGAAAAAAAAGAUGAGAACAGAAAUUCUGUUGAGAACAUAGCCAAUGAGGCUGUGAAUGUGCUGUGGAAUAUAUGUGAAUGCGAUAGUAGAGCAGUAUCUGUAUUCAACAAAGAAGGCUGUUUGGAGAUCGUGUUAAAGUACUUAAGCAGGUUUUCCACCAAUGUUGACCUGGCUAUUUCAGUAGCCUAUUGUUUGCAGACCGUGACGGAAGAUAAUCCAGAGUUACUGAAAUCCUUUAGUGCUGCAGGAUUGCGUGUACUGGAAUCAGCAAUGUUGUCGCCUGUCAGUUCCAUGGAGUACCUUCUAUUAAAGACGUUAGUGGCAGGCACAGUUUGGAAUCUAAAGGACCUUAUUCCUUCAAAGAGUCAGGCAGAAAUCAUAAGUGCUGUACUAAAGAUCCUAGCUGAAGUUUUGGAAAUGGAUGCUGGUGAAACGGUUGUUCAGAUGAAGGAGGCUGAAACUCAAAGGUUGAAAACUGCUGCAGAGACUGAGGAAAUAUUAGAGAAUGCUAAUGGUGAUGUUUUGAUUGAAGAUGAUGAAAUGGAAGAAAUUCCUCAUAAAAGAAAAGCAAGAAGGAAGACUUUCAUUUCAGAUUUACUUCCACCCACUGACAAGGAACUGAGACAGACCACAGCACUGCUGUCAGCCCAGCAGACUGCUCUGGAAAUUAUUGUCAACAUGUGCUGCAGUGAAGAUCCUUCCGAUGAUGAGUGGGAAGAGCUGUCUAGCAGUGAUGAAAGUGAUGCGUUUAUGGAGACUUCCCUCAGUGAGUGUGGUGGGCAGCUGCUGUCUCCCCUGUGUCUCUCUCAUGAGAUUCACACCACGCUCACCAACUAUCUCAUCCCAAAGAAGAUUGUUGAGAAAACUGCCUUUCCAAACAGCACUGCAGUUGACAUAUGUUCUAAGAACCCCGCUUGGAAACCUUUGAUUAGAAAAAUGAACACGAUACAGUGCAGAGCCCUCAUCUGUCUCCAGACUCUGGUGUCUCUCCUGGAUGUGGACCACCUGGGAGGGGCUCCAGCCCUUCAGACGCUUGCUCAGCAUCUGUCCCAGCUGCUUUUUUCUCGGCCAGAUUUUGCUAAACAUACCGACUUUGCAGAAGCCAUAAGUAGCGCCUUGAGGGCCCUUUUGCAAACAAUGGCUUCCAAGAACAUUUCUCAGUGCAUGACUCCUGAUCAGCUGAUGACAUUAUGCAAAGCAGGCAUUUAUAACAGUAAUACCGGGGUUAGAGUAAAUGUCGUUAGUAUCUUAGGAAUCACUGGCAGCGUCCUAGCCAAAGAAGAUGGUACUUUUGAAACCCUUAAGACCAUUGGGUGCUUUCUGCUUGAGGUCGCCACCAAAGAUUGCUCCCUUGUAGUAGCAGGAGAAGCUCUGGAUGCCCUCUUUGAUGUUUUUGCAGAUGGUAAAGAAGCUGAAAAAGCUUCGGUUCAAAUUAAAUUGUUAUCUGCUCUGAAAGAAUUCCAGCCAGUCUUCAAAAUGAAGAUACGAAAAGAAGGGAGAAGUAAGUACAGUCAAGAGCAGCUGUGUGUUCUCGACAAUGUGAAAAUGAACCUGAGAAGGUUUAUCACUUACCAAGAAACUAUUGAGAAAAGACUGAGUUCUUGAACCAUCAAAGGGGAGACCCGUUUUGCUCUUAAGUGUUCAAUGCUAAGAAUACUGAAGGGUUUCCAUUGACUGUGUGUGUUUCUGAAAGUACCAGUGUUCUGUACAUUAAUAGCAAUUUCAUAAAAACUUCAAAAACCUCUCAAGAACCUUAUCUUUUAAGAUCUAGGAUCUGUGUGGCAUUCCCAGCCCUCUCUGAUCAAUUAUGUUUCCAGCAUAUUUUAAUCACUGGAAGCACAAAGAGUGGAAGCAAGGAAGCUCAAGGAAUCUCAAGUGGCCUUUAACUAAUUCAUGAGCGUUGAAAGGGAAGAAGCUUCCGAACAAUCAUGUUUUCCUUGAAUUUUUCGAAGAAAAAAGAAAAAAAAAAUCCAAAGUAUUGGUUGGAUGCUUUUUUAAGUCAGUAUCAUUUUAUAUCAGCUGAAUCUUGAACUGAAAGAUGAAGACAAGCUUUAUAAAACCGUUUCUUGGUAUGAAGUGUACUGACUGUUUACCUUUUGUGAAGAAGUGAAUGAGUUGAAUUUGUAUUUCACUAUUUACUAGAUUAUGCUAGUGAGCUUAUCAUCAUCUAUACAAAAUGAGGAGCCUUGGUUGCUCAGUGGUUAAAGCGCACGGCCGCUAACCAGACGACCAGCAGCUGGAGCCCACCAGCUGCUCCGUGGGAGAAAGAUGUGGCAGCCUGUAAAGACCUACAGCCUGGGAAAUCCCAUAGGGCAGCCCUACUCUGUCUUACAGGGUCGUUAGGAGUUGGAAUUGACUCGAUGGCAGUGAGUUUGGUUUUGGUUUUUUAUACAGGAUGAACUGAUUAAUUAUUGCUUUUUAGCAUCACUCCUUGAUUUAAUUUAAUAUGGAACAGGAAUUGAGAGAUACUUAUUUUCUAAUAAAUAGCUUUUUAUUUGAAACUUUGUCUUACAAAGUGUUCUUUAAAAUACUAGAUAGUCCUGUUCUUGUGUGUUUGCUUGCUAGCAGAUAUGCUUUGAAUACAUGUGAGACCUUAAAAACAAGGUUUGCAGCAACAGGACUGUGAAGAUGCAGUGACAAAGUGACAGCUGCAGCAAGGGGGAGCUUUCAGUGUGAGCCAUUGUCUGAGAGGUACCCCUGCCGGCCUGAACAGGAGGGUUGUGGAUGGAGAGUUGGAAAUUUCACCGCAGUGUUCUCAGUUGCCCUGUUAAAAGGCCAGUACCUAGUAUGACUUAACUUUCAUUUACUACUUUUACAGCUACAUAAAAGGAGCUAGUAGUGUUACAUUUUAUCUGAGCUGUAACAUAUUUUACGGACUCUAUGUAUGAUACACAUUAUUGGGAAUCCAAGAUUUGUUCCUAGUUCUCACAGUCACUGAGAUUGUUUAAGACUGGGUAUUGGUUGUAUCAUAAGAAAUGUCAGAUCCAAGAUGAAUCGUUUUUGAGUCCUGAUAAGACAUUUUAGGGUAAUUGGCUAUUAGGCUACACCAUUUUGUAUUACUAGGCUAGCUGUCAUAAAUUAUUUGACUUCAUUUUCUAGGUGGGUCUUGUAAGCAUUGAUUUUUUUUUUUGCCUGUCAAUAAUGUUGACUGUUAAACAGUCAUGACGACUAUUUUUAUAUGAGUUCAAAUUAGGACAUAAUGCAGCUGAGGCCAAGAAAAACAUGAAUGUGGCAUUUGGAGGGUGUUGCUAACCAGUGAACGAUAUAGUGGUGGUUUCAGAAAUUUCACUGUGGAGACAAGAGCCUUCAGUAAGCCUCAAGGAAAACCAAAAUCUGUCAUAAACGAAGACCAAUGGAAAGAAUUAUGGAAAGCAAACCCCCAAUUAUAGUUUGAAGUCUUGCAGCAGACUUGGAGUGUCUCCUAUGACUGUUUCCCACCAUUUGAGUGCCCUCAGAAAAGUGAAAAAGUUGUACAAAUGGGCUCCACAUGAAAAUCAGAAAUUUCAAUGUCUAGAGGUGUGCUCAGCCCUGCUAACCUGCAACAAAAAUGAGCCUUUCUUGCAACGCAUCAUUAUUUGUGAUGACAAAUGAUACUGUUUGACAAUAACAACCUACCUGGGCAAUGGUUAGUUGCAGAGCAGUCUCCAAGACAUUGUCCAAAGCAACCAUUGCAUCCCAAAAAGGUUAUGGUGGUUUGCAAAAGGCAUAAUCCGUUAUUCUUUUCUGCAACAAGGAGGGUCAAAUAGUGCAAACGCAUACUGUCAGGAAAUUGAUCAUAUGCAUGAAAAACAGAUCAACCAGCAAAGACUGGCCAGCAGAGAUGGGCCAGUUCUGCCACGCGACACUGUGUGACCACGCUUCUCAAGCCACCCCUCGGAAAUCAGGAGUGAGGUUAUGAGAUUCUGUUGGAACCACCUUACUCACCUGACAUCUCCCCAGUGGAUUACCACCUUCUCAAACACCUGGAACUCUUCAUAUGUAAUAGAAGAUUAGCAGAUCAAGAAGCUGUAGUUGAAGCAUUUGAGCAGUUUAUAGUCUCAAAAGAUGAAGAGUUUUUAAGAGAGGGAUAUAUAACAUAGCAUUGGCACAAGAUAAUUGAACAUAAUGGAGCACAUUUUGAUUAAAUUUGUUUCAUCUCAA